AGUCAGUAAUUCCAUGCGCAUACGUGACAACCCAACUGUCAAAUUUGACAGUGACGUAACCGCAUUUAGCACCGAAAUUAUGUGAUAUCAGUGAAUUAAAGUGUCGUUUUGUGCAGGUGAGGAUGGGCCAGCACGUGUCUCGGACCGAUUUCGAGUGGGUCUACACGGAGGAGCCCCACGCGAGCCGGCGAAAAAUAAUUCUAGAAAAGUACCCACAAAUCAAGAAAUUGUUCGGUUACGAUCCCAAUUUCAAAUGGGUAGUUACCAUGAUGGUAUUAACGCAAUUUGUGAUGCUGUUUGUGAUGAAAGACAGGUCGUGGCCGGUGAUUUUCUUGGUGGCUUAUUGUUUUGGAGGCGUUAUCAACCAUUCGUUGAUGUUGGCAGUACAUGAAAUUUCGCAUAAUUUGGCCUUUGGGCAUGGCAGGCCCAUGUGGAACAAGGUGUUUGGCUUUUUCGCCAAUUUGCCCAUCGGCAUACCCAUCUCGAUCAGCUUUAGGAAGUACCACCUGGAGCACCACAAGUACCAGGGUGACGAGAUUAAAGACACCGACAUCCCCACGUAUCUCGAGGCCAAGCUUUUUUGCACCACUUUUGGCAAAUUCAUUUGGGUUUUACUACAGCCCUUCUUUUACGCAUUUAGGCCUCUCGUGACGUACCCGAAGCCGCCAACGAUGCUCGAAAUAGUCAACACUGUGAUACAAAUAAUUUUCGACGCUUUCGUUGUCUACUAUUUCGGAGGCCGCGUUCUAGGUUAUUUAAUUUUCGGUUCUGUGAUGGCGAUGGGUUUGCACCCAGUUGCUGGGCAUUUUAUUUCCGAGCAUUACAUGUUCAAGAAAGGCUAUGAAACGUACAGUUAUUAUGGGCCUUUGAAUUGGAUUACUUUUAAUGUGGGGUACCAUAACGAACAUCAUGAUUUUCCCUAUGUGCCAGGCUCACGUUUGCCAGAGGUGAAGAAAAUCGCACCGGAGUUUUACGAUACGCUCCCACAACAUAAUUCGUGGACGGCUGUUUUGUACGAUUUUGUCAUGGAUCCAGACGUGGGGCCCUAUGCGAGGAUUAAACGCAAGUCCAGAGGGCUUGAUUCGUAAUUUUUUCACCAAAGAUCAACGUAUUCAAAAUUUUAUUAAUGGUUUUGAUCUCAAAUAAAUCUGACAAGUUUCGUGUAUUCAGAGGUCAUUAAAUUAUUGUUCUAUGUUACCGAGUGAAUUGUUCUAACACACAAUAUUUUUUUAUAACUUUAUAAUUGUCAAUAAAGAAAUAUUUUUAAAAGUA